CCCUUUUGUACCUUUCAAUCACUUUUAUUCCCAACCCGGAGUAUGGAGAUAUGAACCUGAACGACGAAACAAAGCAGAAAAGAAACAAACCUUGUGAACAAUGUCGAGGUCAGCGAAGAAAAUGUAAUGCCCUUCCGGGAAUGCCAUGUGAACGAUGUAUCAAGAUGGAUUUAGAAUGUGUUUACAAACACACCGAAAAGCCAGUCAUACCAAAACUGGCUGUUUCGUCAGCUAAGAGAAACAAGGUUAUUGAAAAUACCCAACACAUCCAAAGACAAGUAUUGGGCAUGGAGCAACAACUGAGGGCUCUCAAGGUCAUCAUUCAACUGGAAGCCGAAAAGGAAAAAGGCACGUGUGAGGAGGUCCAAGGAGCUUGCUACUGCCUUGACCCCUCUGAUUGCCCUCAUCUUCAACCCCGAGUUCCAUCCACAGCACCUGUGGACUGGCAGGUUUCUCUGCAUCGAGGCAAGAACGGAAUCGUCUUUGAGACAUCGAUCAAGACCAUGGCAGACGUGGCCACCUUAUUCACCGAAUCUCUCCGAUACUUCUCUAUUCCGUCCCUCCCAAAUGGUCCAAAAUUCCCUGCAGAGCAUAAAAUCCGUGUCACCCACAAGAUGCUCCAAAUAGAGCAACUAUUCCGUGUAAUGUUCCGUCAAAAAACGCCCGAACCUGCUUACCGUCCAAUGGUUCCAAUCGUCCACUCGGACUGGAUACGCUCCGCCGCAAAACUCCAUCUAAUCGAUGCCUACUUCUCGUGUGCAGGCAUGAUCAACCCUGUCUUUGUAAAGGCAUACUACAGACCAUACCUUGCCCGCAAUCCACAUGGAAUGCUGGCCUCAGCGAUGGCUGGGUUUGCUGGAUAUUCACAGUGCAGACACGUGCAUCUCGAAGGAUUCGCCUACCCACGGCAAGAGCUAGCAGAAUCAUUCCGCAAAGAAGGAAGAGAAGCACUAGAGGAAGUCUUGUUUGAUAGCGAGCCAGAAAUCGAGACAGCUGCCACUCUAAUGCUCAUCGGUCAAUGUGCUCUCAUAAUGCUGAGGAACCAAGAAGCCCGAACUUGUAUUGGAAUGGCGUGGCGCAUGGCGGCUGACCUCAAACCUCGGUAUUUCCCACUUAUUGGCCAUCCAGAUAACAACUUGUCUGCCAGAGCAGAAACUUGGCGUCGUCUGUUUUACACAGUCCGUUUUCUUGAGCAGAAUAUGCUGAUGCUCUACGACGGUAUCAACGACAUAUCUUGUCUAGCCAUCCAUACCACAAUCGGGUACCCCACUCUUCUGCCGUGCGAAGAAAAUGAUCCAGAAGUAGUCAAUGCUGUGAAUGUAUACCACCACACUGCCCGAAUGGGAGAUUGCCAUAUAUCAACUCAACUUGAUGCCGUGGGCUAUAAAUUAUUUGCUGGUUACCUAGACAGUGUUUCAUUUCACGCCGUCCAACGACUCGAGAGCACGCUCUUCUCAUUUUGGUAUUCACUUCCGCCUCAUUUUCAUUUAUCAGAACAACCGAUGGAAUACUUGCAGCUGGACCGAAUCCAGCAAUGCCCAGACAACUACAUUCUAUAUUUGAAUCAGCUUUAUUACAUGUAUUGGAUGACAUUUCAAGCCAAGCUUAUGAAGGCACCAUCUAGUGAUGAUCUCAAAGGGGCAAGUCUUGGCAACAUGGAUUCUCGCCGUGCGCUCGUAAUAGUAUCAAUCUGCUGCGACGCAGUAGCAAAGAUAUUUCAGGUACUCUAUUGUCGUUUACCAUGUAUGGUAGAGCUGCACUGGUUGCUGGUUGCAGGAGAUGCUAUGGGGCUUCUGAAGGAUGCAGCCAACCGUAGCAUACGCACAAGGGCCCAGUUGAAUUUACAGACGACUCUCCGUAUUCUCGGGAGUCGAAUGCAGAUCGUCCGAAAGAAUACCCGAGUUAAUAUACCCAUCCAAGACGUGCCUUCCUCUACAGGAAGGAUUCCUUUGACUUCGUUUAAUAACCAGAACAGUAGAAACCAUGUUGGGCAAUCAGAUAAUCUCGAUAGUGCUUCGAUGGAGUUCUGCCACUCUACUGGGUCGGUAGCAAGAAGUUCAUCACUAGAUGGCUUGAGUACAAGUUCUAGUAUAAGUAGCUUAGCUGAAUACGAUGAACAAGAUCAAUUUCCUGAGAUAGAUACACCUGGCAUUGUUCGACAGCCUUCUCCUUACUUUGGCGAAGUCAACAAAACACUUGAAUUGCAUUAUGCUAGUUUUGGAUACCCAGGUGCUCGCGAUGCACCUCAUCAUAAUCUACAUUAACAGUAACAUCAACAGCAGUAGCAACAGCAAUAGUAACAAAACUCUUAGUUUUCUUUCCCCUCUUCUUUCCUUUUACUACUUCUUUGUGCUUUGUACAUACUCAUUAUCUUGCUAAUUCUUCAACUUGCCCCAUUAAACAUCCUUCUUUCUUUCUU